ACUAGCCAAAACUGAAUUUCUACUAGUCUGUGGCUAGUGGGCUACUGUUAGUGUCGAGCCCUGACCAAGUAAAGCAAUGAUGCUUGCAAGGGAGCUACAAAGGUCUAGAGUAAUCUAAGUUGGCAAAUCCUUCUUUUGAGAUUGUCUUGCAAUACCAUGUGUGAAAGUUUCCUCCCAAAUGAAAUGUAGACAAAUGUACAUAAUUUGAGCUAUGAUGUCAGUUGUUAUGAAUUUUAUUUUGGAAAAGAAUACAUGAAUUUAUUUUGAGAUUAGUGAUGGUUUGUCUUCUAAACAUUAUACAAAAAAAUAUCAACAAACAAAAUUGUACAGUUAGAAGAUCUCCAUACCCCAUUGAUAGGAUUUGUCUUACGAGUGUAGGUUGAAGGCCUAUCUGCACUAGAAAAAAAAGUUUUUUUAUUUAGACAGAUUUUCUAUCACCAACACUUUGCAAGUUCAGAUGGUUUGUCGCAACUUGACAAAUUAUGGCCGAAGUGGACAAAUGUUCUGCCAACAAAAUUUUUCCCUGGGUGAAAACUGGACUAAAUUGAUCAAAUAAGGAGAAUCAUGUUACACUUGUUGAUCAUUUGUCAUAAGCUUCCAUCAGCCUUCAACUGAACUCAGUGUGGUUUACCAGCAUUUUAGAUAGCUUUUUGCUGUCAAGAAGGGUGUCCCAGCUGUUGCUUACAUGGUGAAAACAAAAACGUCAACUACCGACAAGGUACGCGCAAAGUGAAGAGACCUAAAAUGAAUAACCAAUUUGCAAAACCUGAAGGCAACUGUUGCGUGGAAAAGGCAUUUAAAUGCAAAACUUGCGGCAAGUUUUUAGUACAAAAGGAGCAUCUACAAGUACAUGAAAGAUUCCAAACCAGAGAGAAGCCACAGCAUUGUAAAACUUGUGAGAAGGGUUUAGCUCAAAAAGGAGAUCGACAAAUCCAAGAGAGAAAUCACACUGUAGAGAAGCCAUACCAGUGCAAAACCUGUUACAAAAGGUUUACGCAGAAAGGAACUCUACGAAUACAUGAGAGAUUACACAUUGGGGAGAAGCGGUACCAGUGCAAAACUUGUGAUAAGUGCUUUGCACAAAAGGGAAAUCUACAGGAACACGAAAGAACGCACGCUCAAGAGAAGCCAUACAAGUGCAAAAUAUGCGACAAGUGCUUUAAACAUAAAGGAAAUCUAAACAGACAUGAUAGAUUCCACUCUGGAGAGAAGCUAUAUCAGUGCAAAACAUGUGACAAAGCGUUUUCUCGAAAAGAAAAUCUACAAGUACAUGAACGAACCCACACUGGAGAGAAACCAUACCAGUGCAAAACUUGUAACAAGUGUUUUACUCGAAAAGAAACUCUGCAAAGACAUAAAGAAACCCACACUGGAGAGAAGCCAUACCAGUGCAAAUCUUGUUACAAGUGUUUUACUCGAAAAGAAACUCUACAAAUACAUGGAAGAAUUCACGUUGGAGUUAAGCCAUACCAGUGCAAAUUUUGUGACCAAUGUUUCACACGAAAAGGAAAUCUAAGAGUACACGAACGAACCCACACUGGAGAGAAACCAUACCAGUGCAAAACUUGUAACAAUCGGUUUAGACAAAAGGGAGGUCUCCAACAACACGAAAGAUCUCACACUGGAGAGAAGCCAUACCAGUGCAAAACAUGUGACAAGCGGUUUACUCGAAAAAGCGGUCUACAAGUACAUGAAAGAAGAUUCCACAUUGAAGAGAAGCCAUACCAAUGCACUACGUGUGAGAAGUGUUUUAGUGAAAAAUAUGAUCUAAAAGUCCAUGCGAGAUCUCACACUGGAGAGAAGCCAUACCAGUGCAAAACCUGUUACAAAAGAUUUUCUCAGAAAGGUAAUCUACAAAUACAUGAGAGAUUCCACUCUGGAGAGAAGCCAUAUCAGUGCAAAACCUGCGGCAAGUGGUUUUCUCGAAAAGGAAAUCUACAAGUACAUGAACGAACCCAUACUGGAGAGAAACCAUACCAGUGCAAAACUUGUAACAAUUGGUUUAGACAAAAAGGAGAUCUUCAACAACACGAACGAUCCCACACUGGAGAGAAGCCAUACCAGUGCAAAACGUGUAAGAAGUGUUUUACUCGAAAUGGAACACUGCGAAAACAUGAAAGAUUGCACUUUGAACAGCAGCCAUAUUCUUUAGAUUUCGAGGAAACGUUGACUUGCUGGAUUUGCCAGGAGGAGCUGAGCGGUGCUUCCCAGCUCCGUAGUCACUAUGAUGAACACAUGAAGAUGCCUUUAAUUGACAUUCCCGUUGACUAGCCUAUGUGAUUUGCUUUUGGUUUGAAGAACAAAACUCAAAGGGUUGUAAACAUGAAUUUGUUUAAGAGCAUUCGGGAAUGCUCUUACUCGACUAUGUUAACAACGUUCAACGCGAGUUUGUCCUUGUUUAUGACGCCUAUGAUUCUAAAAUUCCACAAUUUAAUUACCAGCAAUAUGAUCCUUUCAAUCUCGACGACAUCAAUUCAGCCGAAUGUAAAGGAGAGUUCUGAGUUGAAAAAGCCGACCUCACCUUCCUAGACUCGCUGUGAAGGUGUGGGACUUGAAUUUUCGUUUACGCAAUCCCCAGCGCUGUCUAACUCCUCUCUUGUCUUUGAUACGAAACAUUGGAAAAUUGAACUGAUUUAGUUUUUCAGCUAUCGAAUUCCACGCUUCCCUCCGGCUGACGCUUCCUUUCUUGAAAGCAAAAACGUCGCUGACAACCAUUUCCCUGAGCAUUGACACGUCGUGUUCGGUCCACUCCAUCGGUACUCUACAUAAAGUAUUAAAACAUGAGUUAGAAAGUAUGCUGAAACAAAACUUAUUGCUGGCGCACACUUGAACAUUUCGCUGAGUUCAACUUAUAUCCUCGCGUAAACUUCUUUAACCUACACUCAAGUAGUUAAAAUUCACUGAAUUGCGCAAAUUCCCUGUAAUAAUCGAAUGGUUACUCGAAGUCACAGACACUAUUCACUGAGGUUAGCUAUUAUCGUGAAUUAUGAGUUGCCUGUUUUCUAUUUUUAACUAGAUUUUUACUUGUGUGAACUUACUGUUUACCUUCGUUUGUCCUUGUGUUCGUAGCCAUGUCUCGGAAUUGAAAAAAAGAGGACCAUUACACACAUCACUGAAUAACCGAAAAAGUCAGGUUAAAAGUCAACAAUACUGAGUAUUGUUUAGUUUGUUUUGAAGCUUUCGGACGUGAAAAGUGAAAGAAAUGGUACAUAUUUACAGUGUUAAACAAAGUAAUGUGCUUACGUUUUGUGGACAACUCGAAAGUCGCUCUGCUCUCAGGUCCGCGCAAAGAGAGGACGGCUGCGCGUGAAAAUGUAAGACUUCAAGCGGAAGUAAGUCGGGCUUCCGGUCACCGUCGCAAAAAGCUGUAUUGCUAAAGUUCCCUAUUAUCUAAGUUGUAUAACGUGAAGACGAGAAAAACAAGAAUAAAUAAGUGGAAUGAAAA